CGCCGAGGUAAGCGAAAACUACUCUUCUGUCUGGCGACUGGUUUGAGUGCGCGCACGGGAGGAAGGAGGGAAGAGUAUUGUGUGCGGACGCCUCUGCCUUUCUGCGCGUUUCUGCGCGUGUGUGCGCGUAAGAGAGAGAGAGACAGAGCGAGAGCGAGAGAGCGAGCGAGAGAGAGAGAGAAGAUGUCGUCCCAGGGGUCUAGGGAAGGUGACUGGGAUUGCGCGUUAUGUCAGAAUAAGAACUAUGCUUUCAGAAUGCUAUGUAACAGAUGCAAGCAGCCGCGAGUGUGGGUGGAGAAGAGUGGCGUCAAUCCUAAAGAUCAGUUUCGUCCUGGAGAUUGGAUCUGUCGCG